CACAGCCAUGAAGUGAAACGUGAAUGUUGAUGAGGCGGAGGCGCGAGGCUGGAGACUCAGCCAGAGGACAUGAUGGUAAUGUCGGGGUGGAUGAUCCUGCCCAUCAGCCUGCCCGUCCUCACCAUCACCGGCAUCUGGGUUGUGUGAGUGCCCCUGUGUUCCAAGACACACACUGUGUACAUCUAACACUGUCCAAAUAUUAGCACUUUAUGUUGCUUUUGCCUCUUAGGAUGCAUGAGUGGAGUAUGAAAACAAACGUGCAUGCCUGCUAUUGGCUAUCUCUAAACCGACUUGUUCUUGGAUAUUUGUUAGAAUAAAUGCAGUGUAUGCUUCCUGCUGUAACUGUUAUGCUUCAAAUUGAAUCUUAGAAGCUUUUAAUCUUGUGGUUAGGUUAUGAGGUACAAUCUAGAGAAGAGUUUGUAAAUGGCUUGUCAGGAAUGGGAUCCAUACUGAGUAAUUUUACAAUUGUGUAUAGAUGACCUCUUGUAGCCAUGAGAUUUGAGAUGUCCUGACACAGGAACUGUUAUAAAUCACUUUUGUGUGAUGGGUUUUAUGUAGCCCAGGGCAUAUUGUUUGACACUUCUAAUGUGAGAUAUUACACUGUUAUUAACAUGGUAAUAUCAUUGCUGGGUGUUAUUGAUGUAGAUGUAAACCUGUAACUCUAGCUUAUCUAGGCGGUCAGAAUGUGAAAAGAGACAUCAGUGUGGAUAACAAUGCUGAUACAAUCCUAGACCUGCAGAUAUUUAUAUAUAAAGCUGCCUUGGCAUUAUGAGAUACAGUCUCAGAGGAAGGAGGAGAUACAUGCACUGUGAGGAAGAAUAGGCCACAGCAGUAAUCAAGAGUUUAGGGUAAAGGUGUUAUAGAGGGCAGCGGGUUGUUAUGAGUUAUGAGCUAGAGUUUCUCAUCACUUGCAAUGCAGAUCUAGGAGGUAAACACUAAACACAGUUUUGUCUUUUUCUUUUACGUUGUGAUAACGGUAUACAAUUAUCUCGCCACUAGAAUGCUCCCCAGUUACUUAUAGUGGAUUUAUGAUUGGUGCGUUGUUUCUAAAUGUACUCGGGAUUUCCCUGUCUCCCUCAUGUUGCAAGGCAGGGAUGGUUACGUAAAACAUGGGAGAAGGAAUACAACACAGGGGUGGAGCACUUACCCACACUUUCCAGAAUACGUCAACCACUUCUCAUUGGCUGUCAGGCAAGCUCGAGCAGAGCUUUCCACGUCUCAAGUAGUGAAGGAUGGUUCCCAAAAAACGGGGCCUAACUUGUGCUGUGCCCUUAAGAACUGCUUCCUGUUGAUGAAUUCUGUUUACUGGUAAAAAGACAACUGAAAUUAUGGCUGUACAGAGGGAUUUAUUGAAAAUGUCAGUCCUUCAAAUACAGCUACAACAUUCUGUGUUGUAGAUUAGAUUGCAGUUGUUUUUGGUCCAGUGCUCACAGAAUCUUCAGUGCUCAACCCCCAGUUAGUCCACCAAAUGUUUUGUUUGUUAGUGUGCAUAAUUUAGACCUAGAUCUGUAUUUUUGAAACCAUUCUAUUUAGAUUAAAUGUCUACAGAAAUGUUUAUAUUUAAGUUUUCUUUGGAUUUGAAUCUCUGACAUGUGGUGUCCCAAAACCGCAGGCAUUUAGAAGAGAGGGGAGACACAUGACCGUAUCAGGUUCUCAUUGUUUGUUAUUGUGACAGAAGAUCUGUUUAGGCCGGUUUAAUACUUUGCAGAAUGUUCAAUCCAUAAACUUUAAACAUGUAUGUAAGACAAAUAUGUAAAUUAACUGAAAACAGAGUGUUUUUUUUUUUAUAAACUUUACCCCCCACACCAUCUUCAGAGUAGUUUAUGAGUUUUGUCUACAGCACAUGAUGCAGACUGGCCUGCUCUGAGGCAUGAGGUUUGGUUGAUGUUUAAUGUGUCUAAAUCCAUGCUUUUAACUCACAAUUAAAGAUAAGGUUUUCGUACCUGUGUUGUUACUCUUGAAAAAGCAACACUCAGCCAUCUGCUUUCAAUGCUACAGUGUCUGUGGUAAAUGGCUGGGCCAGUGAUGUUGGUGUCAGUGGUGACCUGGUAACAGUUUGGGUGAUUAUUCACAACAGCGGUUGAGGCAGAUGGGAGUUUGUUUAUUUACCAAAUGCGGUUUUACUCAGUGUUUAAUGGUAGUGGGGUCUGAAAGUGAAUCCCACUGUGUGUAUAUACAUACAUACAUACAUACAUACAUACACAAACACACACACACACAGAAACAGAUGCACUGAGAGAUGAAAACAACCCUAACUGGCAUUUAGCCUGUUUCUGACCCUGCAGUCUGUCAGAUGCAGUUGUACUGGACAAAUGUAAAUUAUGUGAGCUGGGUAAAUGAGACAUGCACUGACAGCUUGGUGAUGAGGGCAUAUACAUGCGUGUCCCUUAUGUUGUCUAUGUUGCCUUGGAAGUCUUAUGAAAAUGAGAAUGUAGACAUUCAGGAGCCAAGCACUGACUGCCAUCUGAUGCCCUUUUGUUCACUCACAUCACUAGAGGGUCAUUAUGACUCUGGACUGGACAUUCUGUGACCUUGCUGCAUCAGCACAAGAGAAGAUUUAAAUAUUGACACAGUGCUGGUGAAAGGUAUGCCAUGGCCCUGUAUAACCAGCAUGUUUGUCCUGUGGAUAACUGGUUAUAUAAUCAGUCAUGUGAGGAAGAUUUGUCCAUGCAGAGCGGACCAACACUAUGCUGUACUCUGGACCAUGUGCCACUCAUCAGUAAGUGUGGCACACUACCUCCAGAGAGCUGCUUCUUCAGCCUUAUCUGCAGCACAGGAUCCUUCAUGGUUAUGGUGAUAGUUUUGCUGCAUUAUGCUCAUGUGAUUGAAAGGCGCCAGAACUGCGUGUUAAACACAGCAAGCCUCUCCACUGGCUGGAUCUGCUCUGCAGGACUCAUCAUGGUGGGCAACUUCCAGGUAGAUAACGCAAAGGUGUUGCACUAUGUUGGGGCCGGUGUGGCUUUUCCCACCAGCGUGCUGUUUGUAAGUGUGCAGUCUGCUCUCACUUACAAACUGGCCAAGACUCAGGGUGAGUACAAUAUGGGCCAUCUCCGUCUCAUCAUGACCCUGCUGGCCUUCGUAGCCCUGGUACUCAGUGGAGUUUUUUUCGUCCAGGAGAGUUUUGUCCUGCAGCACGCCUCAGCCAUCUUCGAGUGGGUCUUCUGUGUAAUCAUCAUGCUGUUUUACGGCACGUUUGCCUUUGAGUUUGCCAGUAUCUCCAGCAACACCAUGAUGGUCCUGGCCAGAGGAGGAGAUUUAGGUAGCAACAGCCAAGAUCACAAAAUGGAGUCCCUCACUGGAACUAGUCAGCACCAGCCUGAGAACAUGUCCAUGCUUUAACCUCAUGGAGGGAGAGGUGGCACAGGCCUGCCCAUGCUACUCUCUCUCUUUCCCUGUUUCUUAUAUACAUGUAUGUACAGUAGGGUGCAGAGGAAAACACUAGUUCAGCAGAGGACAUCUGGCCUACUUCUGUUCUUAAUCUGAGCUAACUUUUGCCAAAGGACUUUGCACACAAUUUUGCACAUUCUUGAGACCAAAUAAUUGUCCAUCUUCAGUGUCACUCUCUUUGUAGCCCAUACACAGAGUGGCUGUAAUGCUUAAAGAAGCAGUGUUAUAUGGACUAUAUGAGCUGAUAUGGUAUGUGUUGUCGGUUUUGUGAAUGUUCAUGGCAUUGGAAUUGUGAAGCUGCCUGUUAUAAUGUAACAGAGAUAGCAAUUAAUAACACAUUCCUGCAAGCUCGGGUGGGCACUGAGACAAUUCUGUGCCAAUUCUAGUUGAUUCAUAAAAAAAAACAGAAAUGUUUAACAAACUAUGGAGUUUAUUUUUGCCUUUUAUAUUCAGCCACAUUGCCUAUACCUAUGCCAUUUAGUGCGUUUGAUAUUCUCAAACAGAGGUGCUUUUUGCUUUUUGCUCAUUGCAUAUUCUGUUCAGGGCGACUAUCAUUACCAUUGUGCCUUAUGAAAUGGGGCUAAGCAAAGCUGUCUAAUGGACACCAUAAAUAAUCUGUAAUUCUGUGAUGUUUAUCAUACUGUCAGGGACAGAGUCCAAGGUUUCAAAAGUGUACUUUGUUUUGUAUUAUAAAUGUUGUCAAAGGAAUGCCAAUAAGGCCAGCAAGAGUUAACUUUACACUAAUGCAGAGCAUUCCCAUAUUUGCUGUAUAUUUGACUUGUUGGUUUGUAAAUGUGAUUAUAUUCUUGCUCAUCUCUGCCUGAGGCCAGUAUAUUGAGAGGUGUGGACUGGGAUAUUCGAAUUGUAUUUGAUUUGAUUGAAGGUCUGUUUACAUUUUCCUGCCAGUCUGGUUCUGAACCAAUUCUAGUUUAAGAAGAACAGUACAGAUUCCACUUACCAGAUUUAACAGAUCCUGUUUUAUAUACACAACUCUAAUUGUUAAAGAUUUGUGCUUCAUCAAUCGGCCAUACUUUUCUUUGAUUUCCUCACCUUGUAUUUGGUUAAUUGUGGUUUUAGUUAUCAGCUUAAUCUGACUUAAUCUUGUGACUAUGAUCAUAAAUGCAUACAGGUGUCACAAAAAUGUGAUAUUUUGAUGUAUGAGUUGCAGCAGGACUGCAAGUCCGUUACACAAAAAAGCCAUUUUUUCCGAUGGAUAUACUCUAUUACACACUGUUACUUUUUAUGUUGGAUGCUGAUUUAAGUGCCCUUAAACAGAAAUCCUGUUACCCAUUCUCUAGUGACAUUCAUAGAAUAUAUACAAUUUGCUCCAUGUCUUUAUCAACCAAAGGCAAGUCUAAAUUUUAAAUUGUUGUUUCCUGUUGUGCUUGUUUUAGUUUGUAGUCGAAUCCUCAGGAAAAUCUGUUACACCAGCUUGGAGUCUGUGGUUUUAAUAAAACUCAACUGAUUAAGUAUUAGUUGAUGAGUGAACGUUUUACAGUAAAACUGGCAUACACUUGAAGCAUAUUUGCCAUGUUCCAAGUGAACUCUAAGUAUUACACCUGUUUUGCAAAAAUAUGUACACUUUUUUGGUCUGUGUUUUCCAUGUGACUAUUUACCCAUUCAUGGUUUUAAACCUGCAGUACCUCUGAGAUAUUGCUUAGCAUUACUCUGUCCAGUAUAGGGAGAAAAUCAGGAGGAUCCUUUAGCUUGAUUUGCCAGUGAUGACUUUUUGAAGACGUGGCUGGCUGUUGCUUAACUUGAUCCACUUUCUGAGCUAUUGCUUCAACCCAGUCACAGAACAUUUUGCUGAGCAAAGAGUGAUAAUACAUUCAACAUCCACUAUCAAAGACAGCAAGUACAAAUACACAUCCUCAGUGCACAUGUGCAAACACACAUUGAAGAAAACAGAUAUUGCGUAAAAUAACUGAUAAACUAUUAAAGGGCACUUUCCUGUGCCUUUUUAUUAAACCAAAGACUGAAAGGUUUUUUUGGAUAAAUUGAAGAUAUGAUUUAUUGUACUGUAUAUUUGCCUUAAACUGAGCAAAAAUAAAGCAAAUAUAAAGAAA